GAGGAAUAGAUGGAUCCUGUGGAAGUGUUUUCAGCCGGGGAGAAAGGCCGUGGCCUCCGAGUCACUAAAGAGAUCUCGGCUGGAGAAGUAGUGUUUGCUGAGGCCAGCUUCGCUGCGGUGGUGUUCGACAGUCUCUCUCUGCAGGUGUGUCACAGCUGUUUCCGCCGGAAGGUCAACCCUCACCGAUGCGCUCAGUGUAAGUUUGCCCACUACUGUGACCGCACGUGUCAGCGCGCCGCCUGGGACGAGCACGAGCAGGAAUGUUCUGCCAUUAAAAAGAUAGGACAAGCUCCCAAUGAGAACGUGCGUCUGGUCGCUCGUAUCCUGUGGCGUAUUCAGAAGGACACCGGCCUGGUCUCUGACGCUCAGCUCACCACCCUGGACCUCCUGGACGAUCACCUGUCCGAACUGUCCUCCGAAGACCUGAAAGACCUCAAAGUAGAUGUGCAACAUUUCUACAAUUACUGGCCUAAAAACAGCAAACCCGUCGGAGAGGACUAUGUGGCGCAUCUCUUUGGCAUGGUGAACUGCAAUGGCUUCACACUGAGCGAUCAGAGGGGUCUGCAGGCCGUGGGCGUGGGUCUCUUUCCGAACCUGUGUCUGGUCAACCACGACUGCUGGCCCAACUGCACCGUCAUCCUCAAUCCUGGCAAUCAGACGGCUCUGGACACUUCACUGCACUCAAAGAGAAGGAUCGAGCUGAGGGCUCUGGGGAAGAUCUCUGAAGGAGAAGAGCUGACCAUCAGCUACGUGGAUUUCCUAAACGUCUCCAAAGACCGGCAGCAGCUGCUCAAGAAGAAGUACUACUUCGACUGCAAGUGUGAGCACUGCAUCAGCGGCAUCAGAGACGAUCUGAUGACGGCCGUCAGAGACACACACGGACACCAGUCGUCUGCUGAUGUGGUGAAGGCAGUGACUGAUUUCAGUCUCCAAGCUCUGGUGAAGAUCGAAGAGGCUCGGACUGAAGGAAACUUCCAUGAGGUGCUGAAGCUCUGCCACGAGUGUCUGGAGAAGCAGGAUCCCGUGUUCGGAGACACAAACCUGCACCUGUUGCGUGUCCUCAGCAUCAUCAGCGAGGUCCUGUGCUUCAUGCAUCAGUUCGGUGAAGCUGCAGGUUAUGCUCAGCGUGUGCUGGACGGAUACACGAAGCUGUAUCCGCCCAAUACCGCUCAGCUGGGCAUGGCCAUCAUGAGAGCGGCCGUCACACACUGGCACGCCGGCCUGAUCGAGACCGCACACUCGCUGGUCUGUCGCGCUUACGCCAUCCUCAUCAUCACACACGGAGCUCAGCACCCCAUCACCAGAGACCUGGAGGCGAUGCGGACGCAGACGGAGAAGGAGCUGCGCUUGUUCAAGCAGAACGAGUCGGUCUAUCACAGCAUGAGGGAGACGGUGCUCAGCCACUAACCCCUGAUGAUGACUGGAGGACAGAUCAAAGCCACCUGAUGAGGAGAGAGUGUGAUAAAGACUGUGUGUGUGUGUGUGUGUGUGUGUGUGUGUGUGGUCACCUGCGCUGCGUCUGAUCAGGAGAUGCGUCUGCUGAGCCGCUUGUAGACGAUGCCGUCGAAGGUGAGGAUCUGAAACAGAUUGAGCGUCAGGUGCUGUGCAGUGAUGAAGGUGAUGAUGAUGAUGAUGAUGAUGAUGAUGUUCAGUCUUACGUUAGUGAUGAUGUCUCCAUUCAGCUCCGUCAGAGACUCGAUCCCCUUCACACACACCGUCAGCUUAUUCCCGUCCAUCUGAACCACACUCUGACACACACACACACACACACACACACAUGUGUUUGUGUGUAGAGUGUGUUCAUCCCAUAGGUGUAAUGGUUUUUAUUCUGUAGAAACUGUAUAUUCUAUCUCCCUUCACCAACCCU